UUGUACCCCCUCCAAGGUAAGAUUGCAGGGGCGCACGAUUGCACCCCUCCAAGGUAUAAGAUGCAGGGUGCACGAUUGCACCCCUCCAAUGUGUGAUGGAGGGGUGCACAUUAUUGUACCCCUGGAAGGUGUGAUGGGGUGUUGACCACGAAGUCUCCCCGCAGGAGGUUGGGCCAUGUACUCACUUAAGUGUGAGUCGCAUGCGCAGUGGUUUGUGACGCCACUUAAAGCGGUGUUCAUCCAGCAAUAACGUGAGAGAUCGUCUAACGUAUUCUUUAGAAACAGUGCAAACAAAACGGAAGUUGGGGUAUUAACUCAAAUCCAAGAGCUAUUGACUGGCCUUUUGUUUCCUAACUAGAGCCUUUGUUACUAAUCGUUUGGGUCUUGUAACCGCAGAUUUGAUACAGUAGUGCGCUGUUGGUGGGUGUAGACGGUGGGGUCGACGAGAGGGAGACAGGUAGAAAAAAGUAGAGAAAGAAAAGGAGAGAGAAAGGUUAUAAACAAAGAUAACCAGUCGGUCACGAGCAGAGGUGAACCAUGGUUGCAGGCAGUCGGGUUACCCCCGUGCAUUCCAUAGCAAUGUUUCAUCUAUUAAUGUUUUCCGCUGUGUUGAUUUGCAAUGUCAACGCAUCUCCGGCGGAGAGAGGUGGUCGUCAACCCAACGGGAUCUCGACUGAUGUUGAAGAUGCUGUCAGUUCCUUAGGUGGUGUUCCCAAGAGGAGAGUCAGGGAUGUCUUGAAUCGAUGUCAUAGCCGUGAAAAGCUUAAACGAGAGGACCAUUCUCGAUUCCCGCGCAACACCCGAGGAUUGGACACCAUUUCCUCCACGCAAGAACAAGACGAUGGUGGUUUGGGUAGAGCUCUUUAUUUCACCACAGAUUCGGACCUGCUCCUCUAUAAGAGGAUAAGUGAUGCGGGCUUCUCGUUUCCAAGGCAACGCUUCACCAUGGAGAUGUGGGUAAAACCGGAAGGAGGCCAGUCCAGCCCCGCUGUUAUAGCAGAACUUUCGGAUAAAUGCAAAGCAUCCAAUAUCGUCUGGGGAUGGUCUGUAUACAUUGAUGUCCCUUCACCAUGGAGCAUGGGAGGUGCCGAGUUCAAAUUUAGCCUUCAGACUGACCGUUCAAUCGAAAACACAACCGUCAGAUCACAUCGACCAUAUCAGCCUAACACGUGGUUGCACGUCGCCGUUUCUUACGACGGCUGGAUGAUGAGGCUAUACCUGGACGGUGCUAUGGUUGGAGCUGCAAUUGGACAGAGGGGUGACGUGUUUAGCAUGGUGUCCCAAAGAUGCAAAGAGUUCAGCCUCGGGGGAAGCCGAGUGCACUGGGCACCGUUUCGGGGCGCGAUCGGAAAUCUUCGGAUUUCGGAUGAAGUACUAUCGCACGCAACAAUCAAAGCAUCUGCAUCGGCGCCCGGAAGAGUGUCGGGACCAGAGUUCGUCAUCUCUGAAGACUUUGAUUCUGAACUUGUCAACUGGAGUCCAAGCGAGAUGAGGGAGCCAGAGAAAGUGGUUUUUGAUGCACAGAGACACCCAUCUUACCCUCAUGUGGAUACUCCGAAGUGUGGACUAACUGUUUGUGAUAACCCUGAAGUGGCUCGGAGCUACAUUAACAACCCACACCUUCGAAGUCCGGUUGUCCUCCGAUUCCGUCCGAUUGUGUUAGCAGAAGACGAUGGUUCCAAUCCGACAGUCAGUUCGGCUGAUCUUCGGAUGCAACAUCGGUUUUUGUCGGAGGCAUAUGGCGGGUAUAACAUUACGUGGCAUGACGUCGGGGUUACGGUGGUGAGAAAUUCGUCGCUAAGACGACGGUUUGUUAUAGCAGGAUGCGACCAUCAGAUCGGUAACAGAAGAUGUGACUUGGAAUGCAAAUAUGAGAUAACAGGGUAUGACGGCGGGGAUUGUGAUGAAGUGAGAACAGAUUGUCCUGAUGACCUUAAAGGUGAUGGCGUUUGUCAGCCUGAAUGCAACAAGGCAUAUCAUGAUUGGGAUGAUGGCGAUUGCUGUAUACCUACAAACACUACCUUUCCUACGUCUUGUGCUGAUCCAUCAUCGCUCUACAGGUCCUAUAUUUCCGCGGAAGAGCUCAAAGCGGCUGUCAAUCUCACUAACUCUGACGCGCUCAACGUCUUCUUUGUCGACUUUGUGGACGUCGAUAUCGAAGGCUUUGCGACGAUGCCAUGGGAGGUCACCUCUCAUUCGGUUCAAGGAGGGGUAGUUAUUCAGGGCGGUGCCCGUCUCACCAACAACUCGCUCAUUCACGAGAUGGGUCACGCUCUCGGCUUGCUCCACGUCCACCAUGGCGUCUCGGAGAUGAGCUGUACCGACGAGUGUUACGAGCACGACGCAUCGUUGGAGAGCGGCGAUCUCGUCGAAGAUACCAAUCCGACGCCAACUAAUCAUCAUUGUCGAGAUCCUACGCCGGCAGAAAGCCGAGACGGGACGAUGUGCGGAGGCGAAGAACAAUGGAGGAUGUUUAUUGACACGCCUUUCAGGAACUUCAUGAGCUAUUCAGAUUCCUCGUGCACGAGCCACUUCACCCCUCAUCAGGCUGCCCGCAUGCACUGUUACAUCGACCUCAUGUACCCCUCCUGGGACCCCUCCCCCACCCCUGGCACCAUCUCCCUCCCUCCUCGGAUCAUGGAGGAGAGCCCGGAGGGUGGGGUGACGAUUGCCUGGUUGCCGCCUUUGAGCGGAAAUCAUGACGAAAAUGAGUCCCGUUGCGCCGAGUGCACGCCGGAAAACGCGUUCGUUCAGUACGCGUCCGGAGCGACAUCUACAAAAAGGGGAAGGUUGGCGCAAGUAACUGGCCCACCGGAUGCCAAGCAAUGUAGUGUGAACCAACAAGGGUGGAUGGCCUUCGCUUCGGGUAGCGCCACGUGUAACGAUUGCCUCCUCAAUCUCGAGUUCGAACACCAUGUCGUUCCCGCUCGACUCUCCAUCUGGGUCAGUUAUAUUCAUCGCUCACGUGACGUAAUCCGUGACGUCAUCCUUUGGUAUGACGACAGCACCAAAGAAUCACUGGGUCCUGUAUCAGUUGACUGCGACAUCCCUUUCACCACCCGAAUCUUCACUGACAAACUCCUAGUCAGCAUCACACUCGACGUCAGCGGCCUCUACACCAUCAUCGACGCCGUGCAGGUUGUCUCGAGACCGCAAGCACCCGCCUGCCAAGCCUGCACGCCACAUCGAUAUCGCGUGCUUAGGGAUCCGCCAUUCGAAAGCGACGAUGAAGUCGACGAUGUUGUGGAUAACACUUGGUUCGAAGACAGAUGGAUUGAGGAGGAAGUUGAGUAUUCAUACCGCAUUAAAGCAAUAUCAGGAGAGCUAGGCGGCCUUCCUUCACCAAUGGCUAAGUACCAGAGAGGAGAUGCAUUCUGUGGCAAUAGAAGGGUAGAGAGAUAUGCGGACAUGAGCGAAGAGUGUGAUGAUGGUAAUCAUAUUGAUGGUGAUGGUUGUGACAAACUCUGUCAUCUGGAAAGAUUUUUCAUCUGUGAAGGCGAACCUAGCCGUUGUCGUCGUUUUAUCGGAGACGGUGUGUGUGAAGAGUUUGAGCGGACGAACAGUGAACUAGAUUGUGGUUUCUAUACGCCACCUGGAUACACUGAUCAGUGGGCUUCUAGUGCCAGCGCUAACCCGAUCUACCAGGCCCUGAUUGCCCUGUUACACCACUCAUCGGGAAACCAAGACAAGGCAGGGUUACUCGGUUUUCAGAAGCCGGUUAUUGCAACAUCUGUUGUAGUCCACAUAGCAGGUGUCAGCUUUUUCGAUUUUGACGAGUCUCAUCCCCGGAUAUCUGUAGAACUUCUCGAUCCGACAGGACUAUCUCGCAUUCAACAAACCGACUUCAUCCCGGUUUCAUGUGAUCCGAACCAGAUUUCCUUUGAUAUAAAACAUGACCUGAGCAUGCCGUUUGUAUAUACUCAGUUUAUCAAAAUAAGACUUUCAACACCGCAAAUUGCCAUUUCGGGUAUCAGACUUCGGUCGUAUGAUUAUUUGAAACCUGUUGCAUUGUCAGUGUGUGGUGGAAACCAAGUUUUCAAUCCGAAAUUGGGGCAGUGCAUGAACUAUGAGUGCAACAGACCGGUUGCGGAGAAACCGAGUAUUCGAAAUGCAAAUGUGACUUGUACUGGUCUUGAGGAUGGAGACACGUGUGAGGUGCAGUGCAUGCCGGGAUAUAGACCGACUAAACCAAUUAUGUUACAGAAUAUUGCCGGAAGUUGGGAGGGACCUUCGAUAAUGUGUAAGGCUGUAGACUGUGGGAUGCCUCCACUCGACUCGAGUCUAGCGAUAGCUUCCUGUCCGACUGGGACUCGGUUUGGUAGCGAAUGCAGCUUCAAAUGUAUACCACCAGCAAAAUUACAAGGCACGGAUAACACCCUUAGAUGUGAGGAAGAUGGUUUAUUCUCGCUCGCCCAGUCGUUUUGUCAGGUGUUGUGUGAUGCUCCUCCUACCCCACCCAAUGCCAUGUUGCAGAGUCAAGACUGCCGAAGUGACGGCCAUAAUGUCGGCAGUACCUGUAAAUUCAGGUGCAAGGCUGGGUUCACAUCCGCCUACAAAAAAGGCAGACCAUCUCGAGUGGCUCGAUACCAAUGCAGUGAGAAUGCUACAUGGAUAGGAUAUGGUUGUGAACAAGUUACUUGUCCAGCUCCUAGUCUUCUCUACCAUGAUCUGUAUAAUUGUACCAAUGCUUUCAACUAUAAGAGUCAAUGUACACUCUACUGCCCGGGUCAAAAUGCGGUUCCAAGUACAAUUACCUGCACGAAAGACGGUGAGUGGGACCAAGAGUUUACACCAUGUGAUCCCUUAAUCUCCUGCCCUGAACCAGUACCACCACCGGAUGUCAUCAUAGAAUGCCCCCAAGGCCAGCUGGCAGGUGCAAUGUGCAAGGCAAAAUGUCGUUUGGGUCGAACCUACCAGAUAGCCAUGGAGGGCGCCACCUAUAGAGAACGGGGCCUGCUGGGAAGACAUGACGUUAUCCUGUGUACCGCUGGGGGUGUUUGGUACCCUAACCUAGAUCUGACAGUUUGUCAUGAGAAAUGUUUGGAGUAUUUCAUUGGUGAUAAUGAAUGCGAGAGGAGGAACAACAGAGCCUACUGCCUUUGGGAUGGAGGAGCUUGCUGCCCCUCUACGGCCCCAACAGGUGAAGUCAUUACCUUCCCUGAAAACUGUGGUGAGGGAUGUGAAUGCCGUGACCCUGAUGCCAUUGAGAACAUCCGCCGUAGCAAUGGUUCAGUACGACAGCAUAAUCGACCACCAGCCUAGCAGAUCCCUGUCCAACUCGUCAUCUCAGUGGAAGGAUGAUAAGACAUUCAAAAUAACUUUCAAUGAACAGGAAUUUUUGUUCAUAAGAUGUUUUCAAAAUGCAUAAGAAUAUUCAGCAACAAACCAUUAAUUAUAAAAUUUAAUAUCAUGAUCACUAUAACAAUAAAUGAUUAAUUAGGGCCUGUAGUUAUUUGAACUUAAAUUGAGCUUUUUGAUAAUUAAAGGGUAUGAAUUAUCUAUCAAGAUCUUUAAUUUGACAACAGGGAGAUUAUCAUUAUAUGUGAGUGUAAUUUUGUUUGCAUUAUCCUUUGGUACAAUUAUUACACAGAUGUACUGGUAAACUAUGUAUCAUUAACCCUAAAUAGAAUGCGAUCGCGACAAAAAUUGGCACGCAUGUUACCCAUGGCAUAAUCUAUAAAACUAUAAGAUUGAAUUCUGCUAAAAAUCUCUUUGCUAAUUAAUUAUGCUAAUUUAUGCAUGAAUUCUAAAUUUUGCUCUAAAUGUUAAUUAUUGGUUCAGACUCUUUAUUAGAAUCUGAUCAAAUUUAUUCUAAAAAAUUUUAAUAUCAUAAUUAUUUUCCUGGUGAUCAAAAAAAUUUGUGCAGUGGAUUUAUCUCAAAAAAAUGUCAAGGGGGAGCUGAGCCAGAGCCCCCCCCCCCAUGUCUUAUUAGGGUUAAGAUUCUUGGAGAUAAGUCUACUGUAAACUAGUACUAUAAUGGUUUAAACAGUUGAAUAAAAUUGGCAUCUUGACUUUCAAAAAUUAUAAUUUUUCACUAAAUUAAAAAAAUAAAAAGAAAUAGAAAUAUCAAUCUUGCCACAGAAUGUUUUAACAAUGCAUGUCAUAUAAAACAAAAUUCCAUUUAUUUUUUUAAGAACGCUGCUAAUGCACAAAAAAUACAAGGUCAGUUUUAAGUACACCUAUUGCAUACAUUUGUAUAUAUUUUUAGAAGAUAAUUUCAUGUAUUCUAUUUUCUCUGGGAAGUUAUUUUUAACACAACCCCCUAAAACCAACUUGACAGGGGUUUUAACUUGAGAUGAUUCUAGAUAAUACUCUUAGUAUUGUCUCUGAAAAAUUAGAGAUAUCACUUGUAAAUGUCUAUUUCCAUAUUGGGUUGUUUUAGAAGAUGGUCCAGAGUUUCUUGAAGUCUUUCAUAUUCAUUUUAAUAAUAUCUUAAUUGUAAAUACAUCUGGAAUUAUUUUGAGGGCUGUUCGAUUUCAUUUGGAUGUAUAUAGCAGUGGUAUGUAGCUAAUAGUUGUUAUGGGAAUGACUUAAAAAUAUAAACUGUAUUUUAAUUCAUGUACAUGUAUUAUCGUUUUUUAUCAGAGAAUGUCUUUAGGUUUUACAUUACUCUACAGUUUACAACAUAAAUAUACAAGGGAUAAGUUUCAUAAAACCUCAAUGGCAUGUACUAGAAUUAUUUCACAAUGCUCUUGGCUUGCCCAAUCGAGAUUGUACUCUGUCUCUAUUGUACUAUUUACUCUAUUGAAAAUUAUUUACCAAAAAAUAUUUAGUAUCUCAGGCUACAGAGGUUCAAAAGCUUUCUAUGAGCAAUAUACUUUCAUAUUUAAAGAUAUUUUUUUCUUGGAGACUUUUGAGGUAGUUCAAUUAACAAUUCAUUUUCCCCGUAAUUCAUUUUUCAUGCGUACUAUACAUUCAUCCAUCCAUUUAUCCAGUUAUUCAUUCAUUCUUUUAUUCACCUAUCCACAAAUCCAACCAUCCAUCCAUUCAUACGUUCAACUAUUAUGUAUUCAGUCGUUCGUUCAGUCAUUCAUCCAUCCAACUAUCUAUUCAUUUAUCCAUGCACACAUUCAUGAAAUACAAUACUUUUAGUCCUAUCUGCAUACUUUACUAUGUCUGAAAAGCCUCAGGAAAACUUUAUCUUUGAAAGCAAUAUGUAUCAUCAAAAGUAAACCAAAACUUGAACUACUAAAAAAAACAAAUAAUUCUUAUCCAUGGUAAUUCCAGUGAAAAAGAAAAUGGUCUUAUUGACCAUAUUUGUGAUGUUAGCAAAUUAGAGCCUCUUAGUGGCCAGAACCACCACAAAAAAAAACUAGAGAUGCCAGAAUAUUUUGAUUAGACAAAGAGUUGCGGGAGGAGUUGUUAUGCACAAACCAUGGUUUUUCCCUCUCAACUGUUGCCUAUCAGUAAAGAGUUUUUAAAUCCAAUCACUCAUUUGAAUAACAGCAUUCUCACUCGAGGUAAUAUCUACUUUCAUAUUGAUUUUGUUUUUAUCAUUAAUAUUUUGGAAAUUAUGUUGAAUAGUAAAUAUUUCUAAUUCAGUUCAUAUAUCUUCUCAAUCUUCUUAUCAAAGAAUAAAUUGUGUAACAAACUGUGCAAGAACUGUUAGCCAUGUUUUGUCUUGUGUCACAUUUUAGUAGAUACAUACAGUAGUUUGACAUCAGUGUGUGUUUAAAGCCUGUAGUAAAAGUUGUACACGAAUAGAUACUAAAAUUCAAAUCGCAUGAAUGAAUUUUCUCUUUUAUCAAUGACAGCUUAUAAUUUAUUUUAUAUUUCAUGGCUCAGUCAUCAAGCCAUUGCCUACUGAAACUAGGUGAUUCCUGCACAAAGCAUAUGUUAAAUACAUAAUUCAGUAGUCAUCAUGUCACAUAGUUUUUAUUUA